ACCCCUCCGCCCUGCCAGCAGCCUCCGGUCGCCCGCACGCCUCGGCGCCCCGCCGCUGAACCCCGCGCCUCCGCCAGUGGGCUGGCGGCCCCACUGGGCUCCGCCCGCAUGCCUUGGCCCCGCGCCGUUGUCCGCUGCGCCUCCGCCAGCCAGCGGGCGGCCCCGCUGGGCGCCCUUGGGGCCUCGCGCCGCCCCGGCGGCCGCAGCGGCGGGCGCCGCCGCUGGGCGGCGCUGGGGCGUAGCCCGCUGGGCCAGCAGCGGCACCGUCGCAGCGUCGCAGGUGGAGAUUGAGGUGAGGUUCCACUGGGACGAGGCGGUGGAGGCGAGGAUCGCGGCGCUGGCGGGAGGCGGCCCCGCCCUGGAAUCCCGCUUCGUGGACGUGUAUUUCGACGGAGGGGUGACUGCACCAUCGUUCGAGCAUGUCAAAUUCCACGAGGCGUUGCAGGUGGUGGACUGCGCUAGGCCCCAACCACUGCUUGACUUUGGGCAACGCCUGGCUGCGCCUGAGAAACGAGGCCUGGGAGCUCAAGGUGCCGCUGCCAGAGGACAGCGCCAGCUACCUGGAGCUGCAGGACGAGGGCGACAUCAGGGCCGAGAUCUCCGCCCGCCUGGGGGGCCCCGCCCUCGUCGAGGCGCCCCCCGGAGCGAGCCUCGCCGCCGCGCUCGCCGCAGCCGGCGUGCGGCCCUUCGCGGAGCUGCGCACGCGCCGGCGCAGCUACGCGCUGCGCGCCGACGUCGCGGGCCCGCUCGGGCUCCCGGGCCUGCGCGCCGACCUGGACUGCGAGGAGGCCACCGGGCAUCGCGUGGGCGAACUGGAGGCGGUGUUGCCGCCAGCAUGGGCGCCAGGCGGCGCGCGCAAGGUGCGAGCGGCGCUGGAGGCUUUCGUGGAGCGGGAGGGCUGGGAGCUCCACCGCGACGGCAGCGGCAACAACGACCGUGGCUGCCGCACUACCUGGCCGUGCACGACCCCGGCCACCUCGCGGCCCUGCGAGCCGCCAUGGGCAGAUAG